GGGGCAGGCGGAGCGGCGGGGCUGAGCUGGGCUCGGUGCGGCGCGGCCCGAGCACCAUGAACCGCUUCAAGGCGUCCAAGUUCCGGCACACGGAGGCUCGGCUGCCCCGCAGGGAGGCUUGGAUUGGGGGCAUCCGUGCUGGCUCCAUCACGUCCUGUGGGAACCAGCUGAAGGCCAGCAGCUCCUGGAUUGCCUUCAGUGCUGAGGCUGCAGGUGUCCUGGGCAUCGUGCCACUGGGGUGUGAGGAUGGAGGCAAGAGGACUGUGUCUCAGCUCUGCUGCCACUCAGAUGUGGUGACAGAUUUUGACUUCUCCCCCUUUGAUCAGCUCCUGCUGGCUACGGGCUCUGCUGAUGAGAUGGUGAAGGUGUGGCGCCUGCCCCAGGGCAGCCAGGACAUGCCAAGCAUGGCGGGGCUGACACUGGGGCCCGUGGGCUGCCCGGUGGAUGUGCUGCAGUUCCACCCCACGGGGGACGGUGUCCUGGCCAGCGGCGCGGGGAAAGGAGUCACCCUCUGGGACCUGGGGCAGCAGCAGCCUCUGACAGCCCUGGGCUCCCACCCGGACCAGCUGCAGAGCCUCUCCUGGAAGCCAGACGGCCGCUUGCUCGGCACCUCCUGCAAGGACAAGAAACUGCGAAUCUUUGACCCCAGAGCCAGCCCAGCUGCCUCCCAGAGCAUCCCAGGACACGAGCACAACAAGGACUCUCGGCUCCUCUGGAUGGGCUCCAGCGAUUGCCUCAUCUCUGUUGGGUUCAGCCAGAUGCGGGAGCGGGAGGUGAAGCUGUGGGACACACGGCAGUUCAGCGGGGCGAUGCUCACCGUGACCCUGGACACCUCACCCGGGGUGGCCAUCCCGCUGUAUGACCCUGACACUGGGCUGCUGGUGCUGGCAGGAAAGGGAGAAAACCUCCUGUACUGCUUUGAGGCAGCACCCACACAGCCAGCACUCACCCAGGUCACCCAGUGCAGGACAGAGGGCAGCACACGGGGCCUGGCAGCCGUGCCACGCCUGGCCCUGGAUGUCAUGGCCUGCGAGGUGCUGCGUGUCCUGCAGCUCAGUGACACUGCCAUCGUCCCCAUCAGCUACAUGGUGCCACGCAAGUCCACCCAGGACUUCCAUGAGGAUCUGUUCCCUGACUGUGCUGGGGUGCUGCCAGCCACCACUGCCCAGGCCUGGUGGGCAGGGGACAACCAGCAGGUGGGGAGGGUGAGCCUGCACCCUGCACGGAGACACACCCAGACCUUCACCUCCCCUGUCAUCACCUGCACCCAGACACCAGCACCCGACACCGGCCCCACCGACACCGACCGGAGUGAGGGCAGUGGCUACUCCUCACCAUCCUCGCUGGCCUCACCGGGCAGCACUGCCACCUCCCUCUCAGCCAGCACCGGCCCCUCCAGUGGCUUCGUCAGCAGCCCCAGCCAGAAAUCCCUGCAGAGCAUUUUGGGGCCCAGCUCCCGCUUCCGUCACGCGCAGGGCAGGGUGCUGCACCGUGACACCCACCUCACCAACCUGCGGGGACUCAGCCUCACCACGCCCGGCGAGUGCGACGGCUUCUGCGCCAACCAUCGGCGCGUGGCCCUGCCCCUGCUCUCUGCUGGCGCACAGAUUGCCAUCCUGGAGCUCUCCAAGCCCGGGCGUCUCCCCGACACGGCCGUGCCCACUGUCCAGAAUGGCGUGGCGGUGGCUGACCUCUGCUGGGACCCCUUUGACCCACGGCGCCUCGCUGUGGCGGGUGAGGACGCCAAGAUCCGUCUGUGGCGGAUCCCCGAGGAAGGGCUGCGGGAGACCCUGCAGGAACCCGAAGCCAUCCUGCACGGUCACACCGAGAAGAUCUACUCCAUCCGUUUCCACCCCGUGGCAUCCGAUCUCCUGGUGUCCUCCUCCUACGACAUGACGGUGCGGAUCUGGGAGCUGAGCGCCGGGCGGGAGGCCUUGUGCCUGUGGGGACACACUGAUCAGAUCUUCAGCCUGGCCUGGAGCCCCGAUGGGAAGAAGUUGGCAACAGUGAGCAAAGACAGCCGGUUACGGCUCUACGAGCCCCGGCGCAGCUCUCACCCACUAAAGGAGGGUCCAGGUCCCGAGGGAGGCCGUGGAGCACGCCUGGUUUGGGUUUGCGGCGGUGACUACUUACUGGUGUCCGGCUUUGAUAGCCGCAGUGAGAGGAGGAUCCUCCUGUACCGGGCAGAGGCUCUGCCUGAGGGACCUUUGUCUGUCCUUGGCCUCGAUGUGGCUCCAUCCACCCUCUUGCCCUUCUACGAUGAGGAUACCAGCGUUGUCUUCCUCACUGGCAAGGGUGACACCAGAGUCUUCCUCUACGAGGUGACACCCGAGCCCCCCUAUUUCCUCGAGUGCAACAGCUUCACCUCCAAUGAACCCCACAAGGGCUUCAUCUUCCUGCCCAAAACGCUGUGUGAGGUGCGGGAGGUGGAGUUUGCCCGGGCGCUGCGCCUCGGGCAGAGCACCCUCGAGCCGGUGGCUUUCAGCGUGCCACGCGUCAAGAAGGAGUAUUUCCAGGAUGAUAUCUUCCCUCCGACCCGCGUUUGGUGGGAGCCGGCGCUGUGCGGCAGUGCCUGGCUGGCAGGGCAGGACGGGCAGCAGCGCCGUGCCAGCCUGCAGCCGGGUGACAUGACACCAGUGAGCGAGGCCCCGAAAGAGGCUCCGGCGCGUAAGUUUGUCCCUGCGUCCGUGUACCUGGAGGAGAAGUCUGACGAGCAGAAGAAGGAGGAGCUCCUCAGCGCCAUGGUGGCCCGGCUGGGCAACCGGGACGAUCCUCUGCCCCAGGACUCCUUCGAGGGCGUGGACGAGGAUGAGUGGGACUAGGCCGGGCUCCGGCACCUCAGCAGGACCGCGCCAGGGCCCUUCAGGCCCGGCAGGAAGGAGGAGCAGGCGGAGGAUGCGGAGGAGGAUGCGGUGUCGGCGGGCCCGGGGGCGGGGGGAGGCGCGGCGGGACUCAGGGCCGCACCCAGCCCGGGCCCGGCAGCACCGUUGGGCCCCGUGCCCGCCGCGGGCAGGCCCCGCUAUUAAAACCGCUGCACCAGCACCCGCCUCCUGCCGUGAUUUUGGGCCGGGGAGAGGGGUGGGGGUGAGCGGCACGGAACCGGCACGGAACCGGCACGGAAC